UUUAAGCGAACGCGAGUAAUUGAAAUUUCAAUCCGCCAACGAACGGUUCGUGCGCGCUGCUCCGCUGCGAGUUUCUUGUACCUCCGUGCCUCCGCAAAGCGAAACACAAAAAAAAAGAAUAAAGCCUGGCCAAAAUCUGCGAGCCGUUUUUUCGUAUAAAACCCUUUCUGAAACGAGCAAGCGGAGGAAGAAGAAGAAGAGAAGCUGAGGAGGAGUUCUUCGGAGAGAACGGUACUUAACUGGCGAAAUACCGAAAAUAACAAAAACAAAAACAUAACCAGCAGCAGCAACAGCAUCACACAUACAUACACACGCGGGCAUUUUUUCGGGCCUCUCUUGGCGCGCGUGUCUGUGUGUAUGUUGCAGUUGCAUAGUUUUUGCUUCUUUUAAUUCAUUUGUGUGAUUUUUUUUUUUUUGUUUUUGCUGUUUUUGUCUUGUACUGGAAUCUUGUCGCCUUCUCCCUCUCUGUCGCUCUCCCGCGCGCAACGUAUUCCGCUGAAUUAUUUUGAAGCGUGUGUUUUUAUCACUAAACUACAAUUUUUUUUGGUUCUGUGCAGUUGAGAUUUGAAAUAGUUCGACCCUCAAAGAAAUAACAAGUUACCACUAAAAAAAUAACAGCCAAUCAAACGAAGGAUUAAAUACAGCCAAAAAUCGAAAGAAGAUUCGAUCUUCAAACACACUACACACACACAAACACCACAAUCCCCCCCCACACACACACACAAAAUGUUCACCGAAAAGGGAAUUUUUCCCAUUGGCGACGGACUUUUGGAUGUGGACGCCGAUCGGCUGAAGGGACUCCUCGUCUCGUGUCCCGACAUCAACGAGAUCUACGAAGUGGAACAGACGCCGUUUGCCAGGGGCAAAUUCGCCGCCGUUCGACGCGCCAUUCACAAGAACACGGGCUCUCACUUUGCGGCAAAGUUCCUAAAGCGGAGGCGCCGGGCGCAGAGUAGCGACAAGGAGAUCAAGCACGAGAUCGCGGUGCUGAUGCUCUGCGAGGGCGAGGACAACAUCGUCAACCUCAAUGCCGUCCACGAGACGCGCUCGGACACAGCACUCCUCCUCGAGCUGGCCACUGGUGGCGAGCUGCAGACGAUCCUGGACAACGAGGAGUGCCUGACGGAGGCGCAGGCCCGCCACUGCAUGCGCGAGGUGCUCAAGGCACUGAAGUUCCUGCACGAUCGCUCCAUUGCCCAUUUGGACCUCAAGCCGCAGAACAUCCUGCUCGCCGGCGAGCGCAUAGAAGAUGGAUUGAAGCUGUGCGACUUUGGGAUCUCGCGGGUGGUGUGCGAGGGCAUCAAUGUGCGAGAAAUGGCCGGCACACCAGACUACGUGGCCCCCGAGGUGCUGCAAUACGAGCCGCUGUCCCUGCUGACGGACAUCUGGUCGGUGGGCGUGCUCACCUACGUGCUGCUAUCCGGAUUCUCGCCCUUCGGCGGCGACACCAAGCAGGAAACCUUCCUCAACAUCUCGCAGUGCGCCCUCACCUUUCCGGACAACCUCUUCGGCGGCGUCUCGCCGGUGGCCAUAGACUUCAUCCGUCGCGCAUUGCGAAUUAAGCCAAACGAUCGCAUGAAUGCCACUGGCUGCUUGGAUCACAUCUGGUUGAAGGACGACUGCUCGCUGGACAGACAGAUUUAUCUGCAGCCCCAGAGCGAUGCCGAAGAGGAGGAAGAGGAGGAUAUCGACGACGAUGUGGAGGACGAGGAAGAGGAGGAGCAGGUGGAGGAAGAGGAGGAGGCACAGAACGUGGAGGAGCCAACGACAGAAGCACCACAGCAGCAGCAACAACCUGUCCAGCAGCAUCAGCUAGCCAAAUCCGGACAAAUUCACAGCAAACCGACGCACAAUGGCCACCAUCGGGCGAACAGCAGCGGCAGCAUCUCCAAGAUACCCAUUGCGACCAGCAAACUGCAGAGUAGUCCCAGCUCCGAGACCACCACGGCCAUCCACACGCUGACCAGCAACAGCAAUGGACACGUGCACAAGCCCACUCAGAUUGUGACGCCAACGCGAAGAGCUUCAGAUUCGGACAAGGAGAACACGUAUACGGCCACGUUUGUAAAGAAGCCAGUCGCCACCAUCCAACUAGGCAGCUCCAAUGGCAUCGAGGAUGCCACGGUGGUGGCCACCCUCACUCUGUUUCCCGACGCACCCACCACACCAAAGGUGAUUCGCAAGACGCCGACGGGCGAGUCGAAUGGCUCGGCCACGUCUGUCAAGGCUCUGGUGAAGAAAUUUCAGCUGGAGGACUCGAGUGGUUCGGCGGUGGCACGGCGCAGUGGAGGAGCGGUGACCAGCAGCAGUGGACUGCAUUCGCCAACGACGACAUCGGUCAGGUUGAACAGCAUUCGUCGCGCCUCGGAGCCGCUGACCACGGUCUACAAGAAGCAGACGUCACAGAAUGGAUGCAGCGGCACUUCGAAUCCGAGCCCAAGUCCCGGCAGCAGUCCCAGCACAUCCGGCAGCACCGCCACCCUGCUGAUCCACAGCCAGCGUUUGGGCAGCAGCACAGCACCGGCGAGCCACUGCGUCGCCGUUCCAGUAACAGCCACAGCCACCUCCGCCAGCAGCAGCAGCUCAGGGAAGUCAACAAGUGCCGCCCACCAUCUGCACCACCAUCACAUGCACCACCAUCAUCAUCACCACCACCAUCAUGUGGUGAUUGCGGCAAAGAAUGCCGCUGCCGUCGCCGCCACCAACAACUUGAGCCUGGAUCAGGGUAUCAUCUGUUAGCUAAGGGCCAGCCGGGCCAGCCGCAAU